AUGAUUACAAAAUUAAAACAAUUGAUUAAUGAUAACACUGUUGGACAAACAAAUAAUCCUGUUCUGACUGCAAUAAGAGACUUAAAAUUAAACAGCAAUGACACUUAAUUUACAUAAUAAGCAGAAAUAAGUAAAAGAUUAAAACAUUUUUUUGCAAAUGAUCAAUCAAAAGUAUAUAAAUACAUCAAAUUUUUAUAGUCUUAGUUCUUAAAAUCAUUAUUAAUAAUAGUAGGAGACUAUCUACAAUAAGAGAGAAAUUUCUAUAUAAAAUUAAAAAUGCUCUUAUUAGUUCAUAUUAUCAUUAGUUCUUAAGUAGCUAGAGCUGAAUUCUCAAAAAUGAUUAUCAAUACAAAACUUAUUAUAAAUAUUAAGAGUUAAGAAGACAUUGAGAAUUUACAUGGCUAAUUAUGUUAAUCCUAUUAUUGCUAUAUUUAUAAAUUGGCCGCUUAAACAACUUUAAUUAAUGAAGAAUUCAAUAAACCUUAAGAUGAUCUUAUGAUCUAUUUUACAUUAUCUAAUUAAUGCUAUAUUGGAAUGAAUAUGUAAUAAUUAAUAGAAAGAAUCAAUCAAGAUCAUGAACCUAAUCCUGUUAUGGCACAUUUAGUUAAAUUCUUAUAUUUUGACAUACAGGAUAUAUAUAUUUUUAUACUCAAAGAUGUUAAGUAUCUAAUAGAAAAGAAUCCAACUCUCAUAGGCAAUAGAUAAUAACUAUUAGAGUUAUAUAAGGAAGUAUAAUAAAACAACAAAAUUAGUGUCAAUCAUUGUAAACCAAGAUGUUGAGUUUUUACAAAUUCAAUAGAUUCUUUCCUCAUUUCAAUUAGAUUAUGCCUCCCCAUUCCAUAUAGAUUAAAGCCUCUGUUUUAAAUUCUAUCAUUGAAGAGAAGCCUCUCAUUAAAUAAUCUUCUAUUAAAUCAGGUCCACAUGAAAUAAGAGAACCUUUGUCUGUUAAAAAUUCAGAUAGAAAAUUUCAGGAAUAUAAUAGACCCUUCUCCCCAAAAUAAAAGAUGAAUUAAUGA